AUGACAUCAACAAAACAACAAGUCCCUUCAACAUCAACAUCUACAACUGCAUUGACGACGACGACAUCAACGACACAAGUACAAUCUCAACAUCAUGCUAAUGUGUAUUAUUCAUUCAUUUCGAGAUUCUUGGAUAAUGAGAUACCAACAGUGAAUGCAAACUUUAAGGAGUUCUUGAUACAGGAUGGCGUGAUUCAGAUGUUGAUGUCGUUCAUAACGUUGAACUUCCCACCAGGUGUCACUCGUGUUCAGAACGUAGAGACUACCAACUGGACCACUACAUCGUCGUCGGCAGAAGUCCCUCCCGAGGUGCUCAAGUCAUACAAAGUCAUGAAUCUCUUUGUUCAUCCCACACCGCCACUCAUCUCCCUGGCCAAGGAUCGUCUGCCCAUCAUCUUGUCAUCACUCUUUGAGAUAUUCAAUUAUAACAACAAUAGCAAUGGCAAUGGAACCAAUGGUACAUCGACAUCGACAACGACCACAAGCACUUCUUCAACAUCGUCAACAUCAUCAUCUUUGUCGACAUCAGCGUCAUCACAUCAUAGAAUAGAGGAUCCAGCUGGAAACAUACAUCACUUUGCCAAGGUGAUACUGUGUCUAUUCAAUCAGUUCACAUACGACACGGUGAAUGCAUUGGCCGAGAUCUAUUCACCAGCACAGCGAUCAUACUUCCAGAUACUGGUGGAGAACCUGCGACAUCCACCCAUCAAGGACAUGCUGCUGGCCAUCUCAAAGAGAGCCGCACGCAAGAUGUCCGAGUACCAGACGACCAAUCCUCUGGACACCAAGAAGAUCCAGAAGGGUUUGACCAAGUCCAAGUUCUUCAACAUGCUCGUCGCUCAUUUUGCUCAGCCCACGCGACCAGUCGAUGUGGACACUGGAUUCAUCGACCUGGAAGGCUGCGCAGAGUUUAUGAUUCGUUGCGUGGAGGAGCUCAACAUCCACGGCCCAGACAUUGGCCUGCCGUUCUGUCAUCUCCAGAACAAGGAGUUUGCUGAUACGCUCGGCAAGAUCGUGGCCAAUGAGGGCGGCAAGAAAUACGCUUUUGAGCAUCGCCAUCUCGCCAUGAAUGUCAUCGCCGGCAUGAUACGCAAGUCGAACGAAUUUUCCAGCCAGCCUGGCAAUCAGCACCAGGCCGAGAAGGAUUCAAUCUUCUCAUCGUCUGGCACCACAUUGUGGGCAACCUAUUUCAGCAACAACCAAUUGCCCGCCCUGUGUCGUCUGCUUACCGACAUGGGAAGCGAUGAGAGUUUCAAGAAGACAAUCACUUCAUUCCGCGUCGACGCACUGGCCCUUCUGAUAGACAUGGUCAAAGUGCGCGCAUCCUCCAAGAAGAAAGCUGCAUCUCAAUCACUCAUUCCACCAGAGCUGUGGACUCUUUUAGUCGAUUGGUUCUUCCAAUUCCACAAUGUGUACCAAUCCAAGUUCUACAACCUUAUCAUUGAGGUCUUCAAUGAACAUCAUUUGCCAUCGAUCAAACAACUCUGCUCACAUCUAAAGCGAUUCAUUCAAUAUUAUACUACAGUCGAUCAAUCAGACACCAAGGGAGUUGUACUGUUGAUGCUCAACUUCAUCAGACUGUCUGCUGACACUCAUCAACCAAACAGUUAUCUGCCAACCUUUUUGAAGGGCAGUGACGAAUGGCAACAGUUCCGUCCUCAAUUACUUAACGAUACAUUGAAGCAAUAUCAGAGCAACAUCAAAGGCAAUGCUAAUGCGGACGCCACUGUUGCUCAGAAGGACAACGCACUCAAUCAAUCAUUUGCCGCCAUCAACUUGGGCUCAGACUUUGCCGACUCGAUAGGAUUUGAGGACCCAGAGAAGAAGAAGAAGAAACCUAGCGCAGGAACAAAGGUCGUCGUGGACGAGUUGAACAAUGAGCAGAUGUCCAAGAUAGAAGCAGAGUUGGUGGACGACGACGAAGACAAGAAGAAGAAGAAGAAGAAUAAGAAGAAGUAA